CUGUCCUAACUGGUAUACAAUACAUAUUUGACAAUACAAAUGCAAGUUACAAGUAGCAUUUGUUGAUUCAAUUAUCACGGAGAGUGAACCACAUAUAGCUAUUUAUUUGUCUUGGAAGAUCUGCGGUUGCACGCCACUAUUUGCUGCAAAUACAACGUGCACGAAAAUUAAAUGUGUAAUUUUGAUAGCUGAUUGUAGAACUAUGGAGCGUAAAUUUUCAAUGAUGUCCUCAAUGUCCAUGUCGAGCGGCGCCAGAAUGCGAGUGCAGCGAAAAGAGAGGCGGACCCAGAGAGGCGACAGUCUCUGUGCCGCCUUAUUUCUGAUUCUGCUGGUCACGCAGGUGGAGUCGAGCAGCGCCAGGGCAGAGCCCCAUUUCUGGCGCACAGGAUAUUCGGGCGACGGUACCACGCACGAGCAGACCGGACAGCUGCACUUUCCCGAGGUUCAGUUCUCCAAGUACGUCCCCGUCACGAACUACACCGAGAGACAGAAAGUCUCAAACAUGUGGGUGGAUAUUGUUUUUCAACUUUCACGAACCUUUUUUGACAAAAUGUUCCCACUGGAUCCGACCAUACCGAGAGGCUACAUUAAGUUCAUGGGCACGGAGAACAUGAAGCUGGGACCGAAAGUGGACAAAAACGAUUGGGCGGAAUGGCUGAACGCAUACUGGCUGAUGUGGGCCUGGGUGCUCCUGCAGGUUACUCUCAUUAUCACCAUACCCUUCAUAGGCGUCAUUUAUUUCUGCCUGUGCUGCUUUCGCUGCAAGAUGGGAUGUCCGGCCUGCGAGUCUGGUCUUAAUGCGCGGCGACGGGCUCUUUGGGGCACCUGUUUGUGUUUGAUCAUACCACUGAUCGGCUUGUGCAUGAUCCUGUCGUUCCUCUCAAAUGGUAUGCUCGAACGCGGCCUGCAAACCAGUAAAGAGAUCUUGGAGGUGGGCACCGUGGACACCUGCAACUUCCUGAAGGAUGUCAGCGACCACAUUCAUCAUUUGUUUGUGAACAACUACCAGGAGAUGGAGACCCAUUUGGUCACGAUGCUCUUGAAUGCACCCAAUCAUUUGUUUACCGACCUAAACGACGUUGCAGAAGGUAAUAGCCUGGCGGAGCUCGUCCGGAUAUUAACCAAUUUGUUCAAGGCAGUAAUGGACACGGGUCCGAUUGAGUCGCUACAAGAUCACUUGCUUCGAGAUACACUCGUUCUAAGAGAUGCUCUCCGCGGAGUGAAACGUAACAUCAACUAUGCGGCGGCGGUGCUUUGUGGUCAUAAGGAAUGCCUGAAAUUUCUGCCCAAUUUCGACAUUAAUUUCAUGGACACAUCCAGAUGCCUACACUUGGACGAAGUGCCGUCUAUGCGAGAUAUCAGGUGGCAGAUAAUGGUGGAAUAUCUGCCGGAGGAGUGGAGAGCCCACUAUUUUAUGGGUCGUCUCCGAAAAGUGAGUGAUCUGAUCAGAGACGAAAUGGCGCGAGUCACGCCCAUGAUGAUCCGAGAUUUACGCAGGGGAGCGCUUCUGUUUGCCGAUGAGUCAAGAAAAUUGGAAGAAAUAAUUGAUGUCGUCAUCAGUGACAUUCAUUUGGGAACUCUGCGUGCGACCAAGACUUUUGAGGAUCUCUACGACAAGUUCAAUGAAACACGCUACUUCCUUGUGCUCUACAUCGCUGUGAUCGUGAUUGUGAUACUGGCGGUCCUGGUUAUCGCUCUGCUCUUCGGCUGCUUUGGAAAGCGCGUCACUGGUACGAACGAAGACUUGUGCAGCAUGAAGCUGGGAUCGUACGCCCUGAUAUUAGCCAUGAUCUUGAUAUUCUGCGUGAUAUCUGCCAUGCUGGCAGUGGGCCUCUUCUACUUUAUUAUCGGCUCUGUGGCAUACAAGGGCGCGUGCGCGCCCCUCAGGCAACAGAAGUCCAGUGCGCUCUUCCGCCAGCUGGACGCGCACAUCGAUCUGCGAAAGUUUUCUUCCUACCAGAGUGACGAAUCGAAUCGAGCGGCGGCACCACUGAGGGUGUCGUCUCUCAUCCAGGUGUGCGAGGGCAAGAACUUCCUGUUCCGCUUUCUGCGCGAACAGAACAUCUAUAACGUGGACAAUUUGCUGCGAGUUCGCGUGAUGACCCCGCAAGAGAGAAAUUUCGAUGAGAGUCUAGAUCUGUCCAAAACAUAUUUACUAUUGGGGAGGGAUCGGGACAACUACCUAACUCUGUCGGAGACGAGCAUAGUGGGGCUGUAUCACAGCCGCCUGUUCACCGAAUCGCUUUGCCCCGAAUUCGCCCCCAUAGAUUUGGAAAACCUCGGCCAGAAUCUGUUGCGUCUGUCCCAGUCGCUCUCGUGGCACAACUACCAUGCGGCCAAGGUCGCUUUCGAGAACGAGUAUGUGAGCCUGAAAUACCUAAUGAGCGCAUUUUAUGCAGGUAUACACAGAGACGUCACGAUAUUUGUUAAAACUCUUCAGGAAAUUGAUAAGCUUAUUCUGUACGAGAACUAUAACUUCGCCGAUUCGAUUAGAAUACUGAGGCAGUCAGUUCUGGAUACCGAGAAAUUUAUACAGACCAAGGGAACGGCCUACAUUUCGACACUUGGCCAAAACUUAACCGCGAUGAUUGAGAGUCAGAUCAACGCGUACAUCACAAUGAUAGUCAACGAAGCAAACUAUGAGGUGGGCCGCUGCGAGCCACUCAGCUAUAUAUACGAGCGCGGUCUGGAUUUGGUUUGCAAUCGCAUGGUUGAUCCCAUAAAUGGCUAUUGGAUUGGCGUAGUCAUAGCCGCCUUCCUUCUCAUGCCCGUUCUCUGUGUGGCUCAUCGUCUGCAGUGCCUGUACAAGCAAGUCAAGUUACUUCCGAUCGUGCCCGUUCGUGGCGCACACCCAGAUCAGCCGAGCUGUCCGCUCUGCAGCGGCGAUGGCAAACCAAGCAGGGUCGAAGGUGGUCAGCCGUCAUAUUGGUGUCCGAAGGGUCGUCCGGAUGCUGAACAGGCGUCGUUUAUCGAUGGUGAGAGGACGAUAACGGCAACGACGGCGAUUAUCAGCGACCUAGAGUCCAAUAAAGACAGAAAGAACAAGCUAGAUUAGCUAUUAUUAGAGAUAUUUAUGUUUAAUAAAAUUUCCAGUGGCGUACUCUGAUCCUGUA